CGACGCCCCUACUGCCUGUCCCUGUCCCUGCCAGCCUUGUCGACCUUCUCCCGAAGUGACUCUCAAUCCUCCGCGAACGCAAAUAGCAUUCAGGCUACGGUGGGUAUGUCUAACAUAGCAGCCUCAGAUGAUGUCCUAGGAACACGACACAGCUUGGUGCCUUCCCGGCAGGACUCUAGGUAGCCGUAUCUACGUGCCACCGACUGGCUCGUUGUAGUGACAAUGUUGCCGCGUCUGGCUUGGGCUCAAGGUCGCCUGGCAUGAAAAUCUCUACGCGGGUCUGCCCUUCAUAUGCAAUCUUCCUGCCUUCGGGGGAAUGUUGUGUGGACUUUUGUCGGCUUUACGGGUGUUCGCGGGGGGAGCGCGCGUCGCCACGCGAGGCUGUCGAGGGCAGAGGACUGGUCGGCCGGUCGGUUCGGUGGGGAAGCGAUGGCAGAUGCGAUUUGAGCAAAUAACGCUGCUAGCAAAUUGGCAUCUCGCCGGUAGCUAUGGUCCUAUCGCGAAUGUUGACAGAAUUGUCGACGGCGACGGCGAUGGUAGUGUUUUUACAGAGGAGGAAAGGAAGAUCGGGGGGCAGCGACUGGCAGGAGCGGUUUGGUUGAGUCACACAUGCGGCUCUUCAAGGCGAACUACCUGGCGACCCAACGAGGCAACCCAGCCAAAAAAGCAGGGUGGGGUCGUCUUCGCGCCAAUGGUUCGCGCUCCAGAGAACAGGUCCAGCUGAUGAAUUAAAAAUUGAUCAUAAAACCUCAACG